AUGGUGAACUUGGAGACAGUCGACCUAGCACGUAUCCUGACUGGUGACUCUCAGGUGAAGCAGAAGCUUUACGAUGCUGCUACACGUCCCGGAGCGUUCUUUUUGGACUUGAAGAGUAGCGGUGCCGAUAUUCAAUAUGCCCUCGCAGUAAAAUUGAAGGAUUUCCGCGAGGAUCAACCUGCUUCUAGCCACCGUGGUUACAAGAGCAGUGAUUGUGAUGAGACAUUCGAGUUCGCCGACGACGAACCCCUCCGUGAUGACUCAAGACUUCUACCCAUUCUGCAGGGUGAGAGCGACCUAGUCCGGCAAUUCAACAAGCUCUGCCACGCUGCUGCCUUGAACAUGCUUUCAUCACUCUCUGAUUCCCUCCGCCUCGAGAGCGACAAGCGUUUUGAAGCUCACUAUCGAACUACGGACAGCAGCGAUACUGGUCUCAAGCUCAUAUACGAACCCUCACUCGUCAAGAUCGCUGACGUGGUCAAGAAUAAGCACACUGGCAGCGGGGCCUUUAACCUGCUGUUCCAUGAACAGGUGGGAUUGCAUGUCUACCUUCCUGAGCAGAACCGGUGGGAAUUUUCAGCGAUCCCUGCGCCCGGAUGCACCCUCGUCACCGCGGCCGACUUCCUGCAACGCCUAUCAGCCUCGCAAUUCUACUCCCGCUGCAUCGUGUCCCGCAACCCAGGCACGGGGCUGGGAAACGGUAUUUUCUGUCAUACUUCCUUCGCCCUUCCCACGCCACUAAGCCACACGGAGUCAAGAGACGACGGAUAG